CUGGGGUCUUGCCCAGUUCUUGCCCGCCUGCAGGGCACAUGGCCGCAGCCUCCCUGGGCCUGGGGCUGGGAGGAGAAGCUGUCCAUGGGCCUGGAGGACACUGUUCCAGCAUGGGCACAGCCAUUAUUCGUUAAUCUGCAGCCCUGGAAUAUUGUGAAUAGCUCCAUCCAGUCUGGGAAGCGAGCUGGACAGCUGAGCCAGGCAGAGCCCAGAGCACCCAGCAGGCCCAUGUUGAGGCUGCAGCCCUCCCCUGGGCUGGGGGGCCACCGGCCUGGCCUCCUGCCCGUGCUCCUGGCUCUCCUUGGCAUGACCUGGGCAGAGGUGCGCCCACUCCAGCUACAGGAGAAGCAGGUUCCAGUGCCUGGAGCCCUGAGCAAGAAGGAGAGCUUCCUGCUCCUCUCCCUGCACAACCGCCUGCGCAGCCGGGUCCACCCCCCUGCAGCCAACAUGCAGAGAAUGGACUGGAGCGAGAGCCUGGCCCAACAGGCCCAGACCAGGGCAGCCCUCUGUGGCGCCCCAGCCCCAAGCCCAGCCUCUGUGCCCCGGGCUACCCCGCAAGUGGGCUGGAAUGUGCAGCUGCUGCCCGUGAGCUCGGCGUCCUUCACCCACGUGGUGGGCCUGUGGUUCUUGGAGGGGCAGCAGUACAGCCAGGCAGCGGCCGAGUGUGCCCCCAAUGCCACCUGCGCCCACUACACUCAGCUCGUGUGGGCCACCUCGAGCCAGCUGGGCUGUGGGCGGCAUCCCUGCCCUGGGGCCCAGGGUGAGAUGGAAGCCUUUGUCUGUGCCUACUCUCCCGGAGGCAACUGGGAGGUCAACGGGAAGACCAUCGUCCCCUACAAGAAGGGCGCCUGGUGUUCGCUCUGCACAGCUAGCGUCUCGGGCUGCUUCAAAGCCUGGGACCACGCAGGGGGGCUGUGUGAGGUCCCCAGGAACCCAUGUCGCAUGAGCUGCCGGAACCACGGACAUCUCAACCUCAGCACCUGCCACUGCCACUGUCCCCCGGGUUACACAGGCAGAUACUGCCAAGUGCGGUGCAGCGUGCAGUGCGUGCACGGCCGGUUCCGGGAAGAGGAGUGUUCCUGCGUCUGUGAUGUUGGCUAUGGGGGAGCCCAGUGUGCCACCAAGGUGCACUUUCCCUUCCACACCUGUGACCUGAGGAUCGAUGGAGACUGCUUCAUGGUGUCCUCAGAGGCAGACACCUAUUACGGAGCCAAGAUGAAAUGCCAGGGAAAGGGCGGGGUGCUAGCCCAGAUUGAGAGCCAGAAAGUGCAGGACAUCCUCGCCUUCUACCUGGGCCGCCUGGAGACCACCAACGAGGUGACCAACAAUGACUUUGAGACCAGGAACUUCUGGAUCGGGCUCACCUACAAGACCGCUAAGGACUCCUUCCGCUGGACCACCGGGGAGCACCAGUCCUUCACCAGUUUCGCCUUUGGGCAGCCUGACAACCAGGGGUUUGGCAACUGUGUGGAACUGCAGGCAUCGGCCGCCUUCAAUUGGAACGACCAGCGCUGUAAAACCCGAAACCGUUACAUCUGCCAGUUUGCUCAGGAGCACAUUUCCCGGUGGGACCCAGGGCCCUGAGGCUCACCCAUGCCUCUCCCCUGCCAGCACCUGGAUGCACAGCCCUACUUGCCCUUCUGCCCACCUGUUUAGAACAAGAGCCGGGCUAGGACUGCAGGCCCAACAGCCAAAGAGGCCUCAGACCUUGCAGGAAGUGGGGCAGGGGGUACAAGUGAGGCCGAUGGAGAGCCCGGUAUAGGAGGAGGGGAGCCUGUGGUCCCCCAGCCUGCUUUUGAGUGGGAAGAUGGAUCUUAAUUAGGCACUGAAACAGGAGUCUAGGGCAGCGGUCAGAAGAGACCACUCUCCUCCAUCUGGGCUGGACCCUCUGGGGCAGAUAGAGGUUCCUUGCUGCCCAGGAUGCACCCCACAAAGGAUUAAACUAAGUUAUGGAUCA